ACACUCGAUCGAGCAGAGCAAAUGCGAAACGAAACUUUUAUUCUCCCCUCUCGAACGUUUCUUUUUUCUCUAUUUAAUCUUGUCCUCGGCGGCCCUCGGCACGGAGGAAUGGAGAUUUGGUGAAUUUUCGAGGGUAACGACGCGAUCGUAAAAUAUUUCUGUUUUAUGUAUUAACAUGGUCAUGAUUUCGAAAGCUGCGGUCGGUCUCGCGGUCGGAAUGGCCGGAAUAUUCGUCGGUUAUUGUUUUUACUUCGACAAGAAGCGUCGAAGUGAUCCCGACUUCAAGAAGAAACUGAAAGAGCGCAGGAAAGCUAGAAAAGCUGCUCAAAAAGUCAGCUCUAUUCCAUUGAACCUCGAUGAUCAAGAAGUGAUUCAACGAUUUUUCUUGCAAGAGGUUCAAUUGGGAGAAGAAAUGUUGGCGUCUGGAAAUCUUGACGGAGGAAUUGAGCAUUUGUGCAAUGCGGUAGCAGUUUGCGGUCAGCCGCACGAGCUUCUUAGAGUUUUACAAAAAACACUGCCUCCACAAGUAUUCCAUCUUCUUUUGCAGAGAUUGCCUGCCGUUGGCCAAAAACUUGCAACUCAAACCACAAUGACCGAGGAAGAUGUUGAAUAAAAUCGACCUGUGUCGAUGUGUUGGUUAUUUAUAAAUCAAAGGAAUGUUGGUAAUGGAUAUACUAUAUUUAAACAGAAAACAUCAAAAAAUACCAAAUAACGAAAAUGGAAAAAAAAAUCUAAGAAAAAUUUGACGCAUACUCUAUUAUUUCGAGUGAGAAUCACCAUUGAUUUAGGCCAGGCCUAAAAUUACUGCGCGCAAAUGUUUCUCGAUCAAAUACUCCAAUAUUCCAUAAAUUGUGUGAAAUGAUAAACAUGAAAAAAAAAAACAUCAGAAAAGCAACAAGUUUAUAACAGCCGGGAUGUAAAUACGAUUGCAUGAGUGUUUGCGAAGUUUAAUCACACUGAAACUGAGACAAGAAACAAAAAAAAAGGCGAGUUCAAGAGAUCCAAUGACUAAUGUAAAACGUAAUUGAUCAUUUUUGUUUUUUUAUUAAAGAUCCCCAUUUUUGACUCCA